AUGUUUUUAUCCUCAGAUCCGGCGACGAAGUUCCCAGUACAAAACGAUUCGGACUACGACGACGGCUCGCAGACGCAAUCGCCACCAGCCACCAGUCCUCCAGAGAUCAUCCGAUCACAGUGGUCUGCCGAGAGUGCUCUAGAUCAACUGUAUCAACGCAGCAUGCCGUCCGGAUGGCUAGAGGAGGAAUUUCAUUCCGGUGUGCUGGGGGAAUCGUCCAAGCGAAGCCCGCAGAUAAAGCAAGAAGGAAUUGAAGACAUACAAGACGUAUCACAGCAGAUACAGCCUGAGAUGCGGGCCGGCUUCUUUCCAAAGUCGAUCUCAGAAACUCUAGGGUUAUUUGAACCGUACCUACCUCCAUCCCUCACCUCGUCACUGAACCCUUCAUCAACGAGCGAACGCAUGCUGAAUGCCAUUCACCAAUACGACUGGAGCAAUGGGAGGCCGGCUCACAACAACGACGGCUACAUAAUGGAUGGGGUCCCCAUCCUCCAACGGUCAAACUACUACACUUGGCACCCUGACGUCGAACAUGGGCUUCCGCUCGAAAAUAACCGGGCGGGAGAAACAGGACCAAGAACAGGGGCCCAUGGAGACAGAGAAGAUGGACAACAGGUUGAUCCGUGGCGCUCGCUUCAAGAUGGACAGCUUCCAGCGCCCUAUCAAACACAAUAUCGUCCUCAUUUGCGAAGCCCUCCGGAGCAGCAAUCGCUCACCAUCAAGACAGAGCGAGCAGGCUCACCAGAAACUGAUAACGAUUUCCGGGAGCAGACACCUGACUACUCCCAGUACGGGGCUGAACCUAAUCGCAUGUCAGAAGACUUCCGAGCCGACAGUACCUCGCCAUACGAAACGCAGGUGUCUCGGUUUGGAGACGCUGCUUUCCAUGGUGCGUUGGCACAGGUCCAGCCAGAGCUUUCCCGGGAGCAGCACGACUAUGCCCGCGAACAAGUCCGAGCACUGUCGAAUGUGGAUACCCAGUCGACCGAGUCAGACAAGCCUCGCAACUGCCCCUGCGGCUGUGUCAGAGGACAGUGUACUUGUCAUCCCCUCUUCUGCGAAUUUCUAGGUUGCAAUCAUAUCGAGGAUGCGAAACAAUUGACAGCCGAAGCACAGAGGAAAUGGCGCUCUGAGGAUGCGGAAGUAGAAAUUUGUGGUGGUCGAGGUCAUCAUCAGACGUGUGUCUGUCUUCCUGGACUCUGCGCUUGCACGGAUUGCCAUGAACAUCAUGCGAGCCAUGGACAAGCUCAGGAGCAUCCAGAGUCAAGCGCGACAGAGACGGCAUACCUGUGUUCAGCGGGAGAAUGCGGCGGUAGCAAUUGUCCUGGACAUAUAGGCCACAGCGAUGGCAGUCAAACUUCGUCCAUGUCGGCACGUGGAGCUGGAAAGUCAGAUCAAGCCUCAGAGCCGCCAGUCUCAGCACAUGACAGCAUCCCGGAUGGCGAUUUGCUUUCGGCUGGGGAUGGCACAUUUGCUGUCCAAAGGAACUUCAUAUGGGGAAUAAACAACGACAGUAUCAGACGAUUUGAAGAGGAAGUACUCCGAAAGAGGCCAGUUAUGACACAGCAAGAGAGAAAUGAAGCCUUGCUGAUGUUCCACCUUCGCGAGAGACUACGCGAGUCUGCCAAACCGGGGCACAAAGCUUGUGAAGAGCCAGAGGCAGCCUGGCCGACAUCUGUUGGGCAGGCGAAAGACCAGACCUCGACUGGAGCAUGCUCUUGCUCGAAUGGUGCAUUGUGUCAAUGCCCUUUGGGGUUCUGCAGUUGCGGCAAGGCUGUCUCAUCGGCUUCGUCGACUGCGAUCAGAGGGAAAAACGACAAGAUAUCCGCGGAAGUUUCGAGGGAUAAUCCUCCGACCCUGCCAUACCCUUCUAUGUCUGUUCCGCCGAGCCGGCCACUCAAUAUUGCUCCCAGCCCAGAGAGAAGCCAGGACAACCGGCCGGCACACUUGACGUUGUCAGAACUGAUUGGCGAAUCAUCUUCAAGUGACCAAACAGGGGCAAUGACACCGGCAAGUUCUGGCAAUCGGCCAUCCCAGAUAUCCAUGAGUCGACCGGAUACACCUCGCCCACCUCCAGAGUCAGGAACAUUCACACCAUACUCGUACCAAGUGCUCCAAGAUUAUGUCCGACAAAGUGUUGAGCGAGAGUUCCCGCGUCCAAACUGGCAACGUGAGUCGACACCUGCGUAUGAAGACCGCUCUGCCACGCCAUCACCGCUCUCCAGGCAUGGCGCAGACGUGGUUAUGCGAGACGCUCCAGGCGGUCCCGCACAACCGUCCUUUGGCCGACAAGUCUCUCUCCCUCCGUCGAUGCUGCAGCCGGGACGCAGUCGAACGCAGUCUCCCGAAAGACCAGCAGUUCCUCCAAUUCCGGCCAGCAAUGGUCCGCUGAGACAGCCCAAACGUGGGGAGAGAAGGAAAUCUGCCGUUCAGGGGGCCAAGAUCGACAAGAGAGCUGUGACAGCCUCUGCAACAACUAAGGCAAGCUCUUCCACGAAAGCCAAGAGCAGGAAAGUCACGGCAGCCCGCCAACCGACGGCAUCGGUCGGGAAAUUUGUGGAACAGGCGAAGAAGACAGAGAAGGAAGCUGUGGCCACUGCUGGUGCGGCUGGGGCUGCUCGGGGCCAAGAAGCGGCCCAUAAGAAGGCAGUACAGCAAACGGCCAAAGGCAAGGUCGCUGCAGCAGUCGAGAAGAUCGAACAGCAGGUGCUCUAUGUUGAGAUAAGCAGUAAUGUGAAGCAGAAAGAUGGGACGCCGGUUCGGAGAAGCAAGCGGGCGAACAAGGGGUUCAGGACCUCGCUGGGUUGA